GUUUCAGUAAUUUAUUUAUAUUUGGUAAAAUUACAAUCGAGAGUGCACGCUUCCACACAAAAUCCAUGUUACAUUCGAUAUUUCAAGAAAAUGGCUAUUACAUGCAAAAUAAACUUGACUAAUGAGCUCGAUCAUGUAUUUGUACCUGGAGAAACUGUGUACGGUGUUGUUCAAUAUAAAUUAUCUGAAGAUAUAACAUUUAAGAAAAUCAGCAUUUCUCUUAAGGGUAAAGAUUUAUUGUCAAUAGAUGGAACUUAUCAAACUGUGGAUUGUUCAGAUGCAUCUAAUAAAAAUUAUGUUGAGGUAACCAACAUUGUACACGAAGAUGAGAGAGGUUCCACAUUUGCUUCUGGUGAGUACGAAAUGUCGUUCUCCAUGACGUUGCCUUACAAUAUUCCAAAAUCAUUUAAUUAUAAAAAGAAUAAAGAUGGAUACUAUAUCAAUUACAAAUUAUUUUAUUACGUACGAGUCAAAUUCGAAAGACCGGGCAUCUUAAAUAAAUCCCAGAGUUUCAAGAAAUGGAUUAAUGUAACUUCAAGUAUUGUACCUACAUUACCCAGAGUGUCAGUUACAUAUGAAGAGAAAAAAAGACUCAUAAAAUUAUUUUCAAGAAGAGAAAAUGCUAUUACGUUAAAAGCUACAGUAGAUAAUUCAAUUGUUGAGCCCGGAGGAAGGGUUAAACUUCAGUGUGACGUAAAAAAUGAUUCGGCAUUCAACAUAAAAGAAAUUGAAAUUAAACUUGUAGAAGACUUUCGAAUUAAAAGCGCUAAUAUAAACGAGAAUGUAUGUGAUGUUCUACAUACUAUACGAUUAAACCCAUCGUUAAGUAUAAGAGGUGAUACAGAUCUAAUGAAAGUGGUACUCGACGUACCAAGAGACGCUCACACAGUGAAUAAUUCUAGAUUGGUGGACAGGAACUAUUUUGUGUACAUAACAGCAGUAUUACCUGCGUUUUAUAGGAAUGCUGUUCUCAAAGUGCCAAUAGAAGUAGGAGAAAAUAAUUUGGAUAAUAUCGUAGUUAGAGACGCACCUCCUUCUUAUUGGGAUGCUAUGAAUUUAAAUAGACCAGAAGUGACGAAGUGAGUGAUGGUGAAAAUUAUAUUUUGUUUUUAUUGAAGUUCGUUAGGACAGAUACGAGUAGAUAACAUGUUUAUUUCAAAUUGCAAUGUAAAACAUUACAAAGUAAGCAUUGUUUCCUUACGUUAGGCUGUAGGCUUGUUUACGUUA